AGGUCUUAAAAGGACUUUAAGGAUGGUACCGGCACACUGUUGCUCGUCUCCUUAAAGACAGCAAACCGUCAACCGGUUACGAAACCGUCUAUUGCGUAGCGCGAGAUAUUAAAAAAUAAAUUUUGCCGAUAAACGCGUGGAAUUAAAAAAAAAACUCAUUACUGUUCCGCGAAUUCAUAAAAGUCAUUAUGAGUGGGUCAGGAAAAAGUCUUCUCGGAGUGUGGCUGUAUAGAAGAGGCGAAAGUUGGGCUGUCAAGGAAGGAAGUCCGCUACAUAAAUCACGCGACAUCCCCGAGAAUGAGAAUAAUCCGACUAGUGAUAACAAGAAUUCCGUGAUAUUUUCUUUGAAGAAUCAAGUUGGUGGUUUGGCACGGGCCCUUCAAGUAUUCCAGGAUUUAGGUAUAAACGUCGUGCAUAUCGAAUCGAGGAAGUCACAGCGCCGUGGAUCUGAAUACGAUAUCCUUGUGGAUGUCGAAUGCGACUCGAAGAGGAUGGAGCAAUUGAUGAAGAUGCUAAGUCGUGAAGUAGCGGCUAUCAAUCUUGCCCAUUACGAGCAGAUCGGAAAUAUAUCACGCGCGCCGUCUCUUUCGACCGCGGCAAGCUUCGAUUUUAGUGAGGUAGACAUGCCUUGGUUCCCGCGGAAGAUAUCGGACCUUGAUCGGGCGCAGAAAGUUCUCAUGUAUGGAUCUGAAUUGGACGCGGACCAUCCCGGUUUCAAGGAUACUGUAUAUCGUAAACGCCGCGAGGAGUUUGCCGAUAUUGCUUACAAUUACAGGCAUGGUCAACCGAUACCGAGAGUACAAUACACGCCGGAGGAAAUUAGAACCUGGGGAACCGUUUUUCGCGAAUUGCACCAACUCUAUCUAAAAUACGCGUGCAAGGAAUAUCUGGAAAAUUGGCCAAAGCUAGUCAAGUAUUGCGGAUACAGAGAAGACAACAUACCACAACUGCAGGAUAUAAACAUUUUUCUGAAGCGAACGACAGGAUUUCAACUUCGUCCAGUCGCGGGUUAUCUGACACCGCGGGAUUUCCUCUCCGGCCUUGCUUUUCGAGUUUUUCACUGCACACAAUACAUUCGACACUCUUCUGAUCCAUUUUACACUCCGGAGCCAGAUUGCUGCCACGAAUUACUGGGCCACAUGCCGCUGCUUGCGAAUCCGAGCUUCGCGCAAUUCUCUCAAGAACUCGGUCUGGCUUCUCUCGGCGCGUCGGAUGAUGAUAUAGACAAGCUGGCAACCCUGUAUUUCUUCACGGUGGAAUUCGGACUGUGCAAACAAGAUGGUAUGUUGCGCGUUUACGGGGCCGGUCUGCUGUCAUCGGUGGCGGAAUUGCGACACGCGGUCACCACCCCUGAGAAGACCAUGAGAUUCGAACCGGAUAUCACUUGCAAGCAGGAAUGCAUUAUCACUGCGUUCCAAAAUGCGUACUAUUAUACGGACAGCAUAGAUGAAGCGAAAGAGAAAAUGCGUGCGUUCGCUAAUCAGAUUCAACGACCCUUUGGAAUACGCUACAACCCUUACACUCAAUCGGUCGAGGUAUUGACGGAUGCCCAGAAGAUCACGGCGGUAGUCAGCGAGCUGCGGGGUGAUCUUUGCAUAGUGUCAAACGCUCUGAAAAAGAUCCAUGAGCAGGACGACACAGUCGACGUCGAAAGAAUAACGAACCUGCUGACGCACGGCAUUGAGCUGCCGCAGGACAACUCGUCAUCUUCGGACAGCGAUCAGGACAAUAGUCCUAACGCUGAGGAGACUCAUUCUCAGGGAGGGCAGCAAUCGCGUCGUGAUAAAGAUGUCACCGCAAAGGAUUAAAUGAUAUCAUCUGUAGUAUUGCUCGCCUAUUAAAUCCUAAAGUGUUUAAAAAAUUGGCGUAAAAUUUAGAAAUAAAUUCCUUAACGCAGAAGUGUCUCAUUGCUGUCUCAUAGUUUUACUGUCGUAAAAUCUACAAUUCUAGAUAUGCACAAUCUAAAGAUAUAAUUAUUGCGAGGAGCAAACCCCCAUAAAAUAUUAAAAAACGCUGUGUAAAAUAGAAAAAAAUAAAUUAGGAAAAAUAAAAAUUGGAGCAUAAGUUGUACGUAAAAGGAGAAUGACAGAAGUGUAAAUAAAACUGUUAAGAAUUGUCAAAUUGGAAUAAUAAAAUGUAAAAAAAGCGUUUUAAAAAGUAAAUGUCUUUUUUAUGUUCCGUUGUUCCAAUUUACGCUUUUUAAAAGUAUUUCUUAUGCUUCUGUCAUUUUUUUAUCUUUAUAUUUGACUCACUCUUCAAUCUCUAUUUUUAUCAAAGAUAAAGAAGCAAAUUAUCUCUGUUUAUCCGGUUUGCUCGUCUAAGAAUAAGAGUAUAUGGGUAAAAUAAAUAAUCAAAAAAAUUCAAAUAUAUGUAUAAAAGAAAAUAAUUAAGAGAUAUCAAUAUUACAAUCAAAUUAUGUCAUUUAAAAAUAUACCUUAGAAGGAAUAAUUAGGAACUAAAAUAUUAACUGUGGGUAUAAUGAAGUAAAACGUAAUGUUUUGAGCAAAGAUUCUCUUUCCAAAGAGCAGAAGAAGAUUUUAUGAAUUUAAUUUUCAGCUUUCAGUCAUUUCAUAUACAGUCAACAUUUUCGGCUGUAACUUUCAAUCCCCCCAUAUAGUACGUAUAAGUACGCUUUGAUUCUAUUUCUGUUAAAUGUAUAAACAAAAUAUUAUGUAGAAUGUUAUCGAGAUCUUGAGAUGUAUUGUAAUGGGAUUUAAAAAUAUAUGUAAAAUAAUAAAUCUAA